CUGGUCAUCUCCGUCGCGGGCCCGCAGGGCGACGAAGUAUACUUCAAGGUGAAGCCGACGACGCUGCUGCAAAAGAUCUUCGACGCGUACGCCAAUCGCAAGGGCGUCGCCGGCGAUCGCUGCGCUUCCUUUUCGCUGGCGUCGCCGACGGCGAGCAGACGUGCGCGGACAUUGGCCUGGAGGACGACGAUCAGCUGA